CCCACACCCAACCCAACCCGCAUCACACACUCUGGCCCACCACCAGGCAGACAGCACACCUCCUCCUCCUCCGUCCCCCCUCCCCUCCCAUCGCAUCACACCAUCAACAUCACACCCACUCAAUCCCUCUACACGUCACUGCACGAGGCCUCAUCGCCACCCCCGCCCACCACCGCCGACAGCCCCGCGCCGCGCCGCGUCGCCGUCGUAACCCGGCAACCGCCUCUCUCAUCCCGCUUCCACGUUGAUCUCCCGCCCGUCCGUCCCUCACGUUGAUCACAGCAUCCACAUUCUGUACCAUUCCCAUCAUCAUCCUCAACCCGUAAUCACCCUCUCAAGCAUCGUCAAACGCCGCUACGACCCCCUUUUCAACCCACAGUCAGCGCCGCCAUCAAACUCACCCCCUGACUACGACCGAGCCCUCGUCAAGUCGAAUCGUGCCGACCGAUCCGCUCCUCCAUCUUACUGUCCAACUCUCGUCGGCAUAUGGAGCGUGUCGGCCGCUCGGUCACCACGGCAUAUUCCCCCCUCCCUAAUCACCUACAACACUCUGCCAGUAACGAUUCAAUGGCGGCCACCAACGGCGUUCAUACGCCGAGCUAUGGCGGCGUCGUCAACACUGGCGUAGAAUGGGAAUGGGUCGUCCACGCAGAUGGCACAAAAAGUCGAACCCCUUCCAGGUCACCGCAUCGUGGACUCCCCGAACCGCACCGCUCAAUGUCCAACCCUCUGGACGCGGCGACAACGACGGCUGCUGCCGGCGAGCUCGCGGCCCCUGUCGCACCCGCGUCCGCGUCUGCACAUGCCUUUUCCGCUCAUCCAUCAGCGCAUCCGCACGAGCCAACCAUCUCGGAGGAGGCAAGUGCGUAUGUGGGGCGCAGCGUAGCCCAGAGCCAGCCGUCGCCAGCUCUGCCCCCAUCUCAGCCAUCCCAACAGCGCGCAGCCCUCGCGGCUGCGGCUCAGGCCUCGCCGUCUCCCCGGCCACAGGGCUCGUCGGCUCGGGCAUCAUCUCAACCGGCGGCACUGGCCCCACCCAACGCCUCCGGCGGCGGCGGCAGUGGCGGCGGCGGGUCGACUCGUGAUGCUGCUGCUUCUGGUGCUGCUCCCCCUAAACGUAUGCGCCAGUAUCGCCAGGCUGGCGACUGGAUCCUGCAGAAGACACUAGGACAAGGCUCGAUGGGCAAGGUCAAGCUCGGCGUCAAUGUCAACACCCAGGAGAGAUGCGCCGUCAAGAUUGUGCCCCGUCACCGCGACGAUCCCAAGUCGUCGUCGCACUCGAGCAAGAGCAAGGACGAGUCCAAGGAGAUUCGAACAGUCCGAGAAGCCUCCAUCUCGCUCCUCCUGCACCACCCCUACAUCUGUGGCAUGCGCGACUUCCUCGUCCACCACAACCACUACUACAUGGUGUUCGAGUACAUUGACGGUGGCCAGAUGCUCGACUACAUCAUCGCCCACGGUCGUCUGCGCGAGCGCGCUGCCAGAAAGUUUGCCCGACAGAUUGGCUCGGCUCUCGACUACUGCCACCACAACAACAUUGUUCAUCGCGACCUCAAGAUUGAAAACAUCCUCAUCUCCAACAAUGGCAACAUUAAAAUUAUCGACUUUGGUCUCUCAAACCUCUACUCACCUCGCUCUCACCUCUCAACCUUCUGCGGCAGUCUCUACUUUGCCGCCCCCGAACUGCUCAAUGCCAGACUCUACACUGGCCCCGAGGUCGACAUUUGGUCUUUUGGUAUCGUUCUCUACGUCCUCGUUUGCGGCAAGGUUCCCUUUGACGACCAAUCCAUGCCUGCCCUUCACGCAAAGAUCAAGCGUGGUUUGGCAGAGUACCCCGCCUGGCUAAGCAACGAUUGCAAGGCCCUCCUCCAGCGCAUGCUUAACACCAACCCUGCAGAGCGUGCCACCCUCGCAGAGGUCCUCAACCACCCCUGGAUGACAAAAGGAUACGACGGCCGGCCCGACUCACACCUUAUCCAGCGUGAGCCUCUGCGCGCCGAGGAUGUCGACCGUGACGUCGUCAAGCGCAUGCAGGGCUUUACGUUUGGCACUCCCGACGAAAUCUACGACAACCUCCAAAAGACUCUGCUCAGCGAGCCCUACCUUCGCUGUGUUUCUGCCUGGGAGGCGAGGCGCGAGACUCGUCGUGCGAAUGCUACCCAGGGCGCCAACGGUUCGAGCCAUUCGCCUUCGUCAGCUGCCGGUGCCUCAGGCCUUGACAGCGAGUCGCCAAAGAAGAAGCGCUUCAGCGGGUUUGACCUCAAGAAGAAGCUCUUCAAGGAGGAGAAGAAGCCAGAAGAGGUCGUUGUCCCUGCCAAGGAGCCCGUGGACCCCAGCAGCGGGUUCGACCCCCUCAUUUCCAUCUACUUCCUGGCACGCGAGAAGAAGGAGCGUGCCAAGGUCUAUGGUGACACACACUUUGCCUCGUCUCGAGCCAGCCUGGAUGAAGCCGCCCCCACCACGAGCAACUACAACAUCAACCUCCCUAAUCUUGCGGCUCCACCAUCGGCUCAUGGCUCUGGCUUCGAGCAGGGCGUCCCCGGCUCUCCUCGCGACAAUGCCAACCUGCAACCGCAUGGCAGGCUUCCCGGAGGGGAGCUCCCUCCUACUGCUCCUAUGCAGCACCCCUCGGCAGAUGGCGCCAGGUCCAACAUCGCCGACGUGCCCGCGGCUGUCCACCGCAGAGGACCUUCUCAGGCUGCGACGGCGGCCCUGUCUUCGACCUCUCAGCCCCCGAUCACCACCGUCCAGCUCACGACUGACAAUGUCGACAACAAGCGGCGGUCGUCGCAGGACAACAAGCACGAGCGCCGGACAUCGAUGGGCUCGCUUUCCAACACGAUGGGCCGCACCUCGCUCUCACGGCAUACAAGCCAGCGCACGAACACGCCUGCCCAGCCUGUCACCCCUCCCGACUGGUCGACCACGCUUGGUGUCAUCCAGGACAAGAGUGGCGGUAUCCGACCCGUGGGCUCGGCCGAGGUCGACGAGGUCGAGGCUGCCGAAGUGGCCAUGAUCGACGUCAAGAGCGUCUACCUCCGAGGAUUGUUCUCGGUGUCGACCACGUCCACCAAGUCGGCCCGCACACUACUUCGCGACAUUUCGGGUGUCUUGGAGCGGGUGGGCAUCAAGUACAGGCCAAUUCGGGGUGGCUUUGAGUGUAUUCACGCCCCCUCGAUUGACCUGACUAGUGUCGUUCACGGCGACGAGGCACGCUCAUCACUCCAUGUGCCUCCUGGUGCCCAGUCUCUUGAGAGCUCGCCGUCCAAGAACAAGCUCGCGCUACGCAAGCCUGAGGCUGUAGCCUCGACAGUGACAUCCCGUGGGGACAGCUCUUCGCCAGCCUUGCACGAUCGCGGUGGAUCGUCUGGCACUGUCGGAGUUGACAGCACUUCGCUGCCCAGGCGCGUCGACCUCGACGACGGCGACGCGUGGGGCGCGCAGUUUGGUGCCGGUAGCGCGCUCACUGUAAGGUUUGAAGUGUUUGUUGUCAAGGUUCCAUGGCUCCCUCUCCACGGGAUCCAGUUCCGACGAGUUGGAGGCGAUGGCUGGCAGUACCAGCAGUUGGCAAAGACGAUCCUUCGCGAGAUGCGAUUGUGAGGAGCGGGCCGCGCCUAAGCGGGCCGAAGCUAGGCCGAUCUAGGCCACGACGCUAGCACGAGCUACAUGUUCGCGCCAAAUCAAACCAGCAUACGACAAUGAUUAGUGGAUACGACGACGACGUGCCGGUCCCGUUGUUUGGGCAUUAUUCUCUCUCUCUCUCCCCCUCUCUCUCUUCCUUUUGUUACGGCAAGAUGUCAGUUUCGCAUGCAUGCAUCACGGAGC